GUAAUGGCUAUCAGGGAACACAGUUCCAGAGAUCCAAGCUGAAAAUGGGAAAGAUCAUCUUUUACGAGGACAAGAACUUCCAGGGACAGCACUAUGAGUGCAGUGCCGACUGUGAGGACCUGCAGUCCCACUUCAGCCGCUGUAACUCUAUCCGCGUUGACAGUGACUUCUGGGUUCUGUAUGAGAAACCCAAUUACAUGGGAUACCAGUAUGUUCUGACCAGGGGAGAGUAUCCUGACUACCAGCGCUGGAUGGGCUACAAUGACAGCAUCAGAUCAUGCCGUACAUACAACUACGUAAAUACAAAAUGCUGCUUGGAUAAUGUGGAAGUGCACCACAGCAGCUCUUACAAGAUGAGGCUGUACGAGAGACCUGACUUUGGAGGACAGAUGAUGGAAUUCAUGGAUGACUGCCCAUCCGUCUAUGACCGUUUCCACCACCGUGACAUCCACUCCUGCAACGUGAUGGAUGGCUACUGGACCAUGUAUGAUCAGCCCAACUACAGAGGCCGCCAGUACUUCAUGAGACCCGGAGAGUACAGGCGAUUCAGCGACUGGGGUGCAACCUGCCCAUCUAUCGGCUCUUUCCGGCAUGUUCGAGAAUUCUAA